AUGCUAACAACUUUUAAUUCAACAAAGGUAAAAUCAAGUAAAGAAAGACAUCGCUAAAUUUCUUGCCUUUUGUUAAAUUAUAUUAGUAAAUUUUAUGUAUAAGUAUUUAGAGACUCAUUAUAAGAAUAUUUUUGUGGAAAACUCAAAUUUUAACAGAUUAUCAAAUUAGAAAACUUUGAAUAAUCUAUAAAAGCUUAAAGAAGAUUAUCAAGCUAAAUAGUUGGCUCUACAAUACUUUUCCAGUUUUCAAUUAAUCUAAGACAUAUUAGCUUCCUAAAUUGAAGUAGACUGUUUAGCAGACAUCCAAAAAUUAUGUCUUUUUCUUUCAGUAUGA